CCUGAGUAGUUUUAUUUUGCAGAAAAUUACCGUACAAUGUCUGGUUCCGGUGGCGUUUCAAUUGUGCGAAGCCACAGCCGCGAGAACCGGUUUUACAAUCCGCCGCCGAUGAGGAAACAACAACAGCAGCAACAGAUGAUGAUGAUGCAGCGGAAGGAACAGAGGUUGCCGUUGAUUUACAAGGUUUCGACAGAGAAGAGAACGGAUCACAACGAAUGCGCCACUUCUUCCUCGAGUAAUAGUAGUAAAAAAAUUGAUGAUAAUUCGACGAAUUUGGAUCGGUUCUUGGAGUUUACGACUCCUGUGGUUUCGGCUCAGUAUUUACCCGAGACAAGCAUAAGAGGAUGCAAAGUGCGACAGCGCAGACUGGAGUGUCCUCCAUAUUUUGUGCUUAAUGAUUUGUGGGAGUCCUUUAAGGAAUGGAGUGCAUAUGGAGCCGGUGUUCCGCUUUUGUUGAAUGGGACUGACUCUGUAGUGCAAUACUAUGUUCCUUUUUUGUCUGGCAUUCAGCUCUAUAUCGAACCAUCAAGACCCACCCCAAGGCAGAGGAUGCCCUGUGAGGAGAGUGAUACGGAUUCAUUCAGGGAGACAAGUAGUGAUGGUAGUGAUAUUGAAUGUGGAACAGAAAAAAGAGCUAACAACAUUCUCCCGGGGUUUCGAAAUCAGCUGGAGAUUGCUGAUUCAAAUAUUCAGAGAUCGACUACACUGUCACUUAGAAAUAGACCCUUUGGGGGUUCAUCAAGCGAUGAAAGUGAUACUUGUAACACUCGGGGUCAACUUAUUUUUGAAUAUUUGGAGCAGGAUCAACCAUUUAGUCGUGAGCCGUUGGCUGACAAGAUCUCGGUUCUGGCAUCUCAGUUUCCGGCCCUGAGGACAUAUAGGAGCUGUGAUCUAUCACCUUCAAGUUGGAUUUCAGUUGCAUGGUAUCCUAUAUAUAGAAUACCAGUGGGUCCGACUCUGCAAAAUCUCGAGGCCUGCUUUUUAACCUAUCACUCUCUUUCUACACCCUCUCCGUCUACUGGGACAGAUAGGCUACCCUUCCGAGGCUAUAACAUUAGGGAGUUACAAGAUGCUGACAUGUCCUUAAAGCUACCAUUGCCUACCUUUGGACUUACUUUCUAUAAAUUCAAAGCUUCUGUUUGGAAUCCUGAUGGAGUUGACGAAUCCCAGAAAGCUAAUUCUCUUUUGCAAGCUGCUGAUAAAUGGCUUCAGCUUUUGCAAGUUAAUCAUCCAGAUUUCAGGUUCUUUGCCUCCCACAAUACAUACUGGCGUUGAGCAAAAUUCAAUUGCAUGACAGAACCAACCACUUGACUCGGAGAAAAAUCCCAGCAUCACCAGAUUGAUUGUUAGCUCAUACCUGAUAUUGCACGCUGGACUUGUAGUUCUUCCUCAUGGCUGUCGGUAAGGAUGACCUAUGUUGUACGGAUUGUUGUGGACACUGACAGUGGAUAGACAUGACACUUCCGCUCAUCUGGUGGGCUUCCUGUGAUACCGGGGGCCCUCUUUUAUCUGCUCAAUACCUUGAAGACGUAGGAACCGUUGGUAAUAAAUUUGUUCUUUGAUUAUGAUGAUGAUGAUGACAAUUUCUCUGAUAUUUGUAUAUAGACAUAGUCGCAUCUUCUUAAGCUCGGGAAUGUGUAACAUACUUGUACUAACACUUUGCUUGAAUUUUGGAC